AUGGAUCGAGUCAUGCGGUUCGACACAGCACGCAUCGAGAAGACCGUGACGAGGCAGUUCGUCCACUCACAUCUCCUGCCCGACGAGAUCGAGCGCUUGGACAAGCCUCUGGCUUUUGGCGAUGGUCUCACCGACUGCACGUACUGGGAGUGGAUAGAGGGCCGUGCCAAGCGUCUGUUCCUCAUCCUCGUCGACCUCGGGGUUCCGGACCAGAUAUUCGGCGUCAUUGACGACUCCUGGGAGGAUGUCGACCUGCCUAUCGCCCUGGACCAAGUCGAGAGGCUCUGCCUUACUGCCACCAAGGAUCUCAAAGCAGAGAGGAGGUUCUUUGACCGGCAGUUCCACUAUCUGCUCAGGCCGCUCAGGAAGGGCGAGCACGUUGACUACCAGGAUGAGGAGAUCGUGCCCCUCGAUGUGUACGAUAGGCGGCCAGGCUUGAUACAGAGCAAUGACAUAGAUAGGGUCGGACUGCCCAAUGUCCCUGGCGAGGUCUUCUGCAGGCGUCGUUUUCCCAUGGGCCCUGACCAGGGGUGUCUGUCUCGCGAGGACCUGAUGUUCGAGAUCAGCUCCAUCAGAGACCUCCAGAACGGCCACCUCGUGUCAUAUUGGGCGUCGUACAUCCACCAGGGCUUCGGGUACGUCCUUUUCACCCCGGUCAGCGAGUACAAGCUCAGCGUGUACCUGACCAACACACCACAAUCAAUAAAAAACGUCGACAAGACGGCCAAGAGAAGGCUGGUUCUGGACUGGAUCCAGUGCCUCGUCGACACUCUGUGUUACGCCCACAGCAGGGGCCGGUGGCUCGGCAACAUCAAACCGACCACAAUUCUCUUCACCCACGACAACCACAUCCUACUAUCCGGCUUCUCACGGCUCAGCCCUGACUCCUCCUCCUCAGGGCAGGGGGGCCUCUUCGACAAGGGGUCAUACGACUACGCCGCGCCUGAGCGGUGGCCCAAGUCAACCAAAUCCCCAACGGCACCGCGGAUCAAGGCAUCAGCCCCGUCCUCGUCCCGGUCCGGCGCACCCUCCAUCAGGAGCGGCAAGAGCGGCCACACCGAGCACAGGACGGCACCAGCACCACCCCGUUCCGACGCGGCCUCCCGCCUCGACCCGCUCGCGGCAGACAUCUUCUCCAUGGGCUGCGUGAUCCUGGAGCUCCUCAGCCACGGGCUGUUCAAGCGGUCGGCGGGCGCCUUCGCGUCGCACCGCAGCGCAAAGCACAAGAACGCCGGGCGCGGCGGCGCCGUGCUCGACUCGUCCUUCCACAAGAACCUGGGCCAGGUGGAAGGGUGGAUGACCGCCCUGGCCAAGGAGGCGUCCAAGAAGGCCGACGCCAGCGGCGACAAGGGCCAGGCGUUCCGCGGCGUCGUGCCCCUGCUGCAGGUCGUGAGCACCAUGCUGUCGCCGCACCCGGCCGACCGGCCCUCGGCCUUCGAUGUCCAACGCCGCACGUAUGAGAUCCUGACGCAGGCGUGCGGAAUCACGGAGCCCCACUGCGUGCACCAGUACGACGCUUGGGACCAACUCGGGGAACUAGGGGCGGCGGUUGGAGGUGGCGGCGCCAUCAGUACCGGCCGGAAUAGCGUCAUGACGACGAUAGACGAGGCCUCAACGCCCGAGGAGGGGUUCGCGACGGCGGACAUGACCGCGGCGACGACGAUAGCGUCCUCCUCGAACCCGUCGAGCUUCUACGAGCACGAGGAUGACGGUGACCGCGACGCGAGCGAUGAAGGUUAUGGUGGCGAGCCGCCGUCAAAGCUCGCGAUGAGGGGCGGCGCUGGUCUGCCCGUCAUCGUUGGGCAGCGGGACCACCGGCGACAAGCCAGCGACGACAGCUUUGGGAGCAAGGGCAGUGAACAUGGCCAGGGCCAGGGGGCCCAGUCAGAGCGCUGGGAGCUAAGCAGUGGGCUGAAGGCCAUUCAGAACCUCCGCAUCAAUAGGUCAAGACCGUGGCAGACUUCAUAA